AUGGACUGGCACCUCCUCAGAGCGGCGGCUGGGCUAUUCCUUUUGCUGGUGGUGGUGGAAGUUAACAGUGAAUUUCGAGUCCAGGUAAGAGAUUAUAACGCUAAAAAUGGCACCAUCAAAUGGCAUUCAAUCAGAAGGCAAAAACGUGAAUGGAUCAAGUUCGCUGCCGCCUGUCGGGAAGGCGAGGACAACUCCAAAAGAAACCCAAUUGCCAAAAUUCAUUCAGACUGUGCUGCAAACCAGAAAGUGACAUAUCGCAUCUCUGGUGUAGGAAUUGAUCAACCACCUUACGGAAUCUUUAUUGUUAAUGAAAGAACGGGUGAAAUUAAUAUAACAUCUAUAGUUGAUCGAGAGGUCACUCCCUUUUUCAUUAUCUAUUGCCGGGCUCUGAAUUCACUGGGUCAGGAUUUAGAGCGGCCUCUUGAACUCAGAGUCAGGGUUUUGGAUAUAAACGACAACCCUCCCAUAUUUUCUAUGUCUACAUUUGUAGGACAAAUAGAAGAAAACUCAAAUGCAAAUACCCUGGUGAUGAUAAUCAAUGCUACGGAUGCAGAUGAACCAAAUAAUCUGAACUCAAAAAUCGCCUUCAAGAUCAUACGACAAGAACCUUCUGAUUCACCAAUGUUCAUUAUCAACAGAUAUACUGGAGAAAUUAGAACCAUGAAUAAUUUUCUAGAUAGAGAGACCUACAGCCAGUAUGCUCUUGCCGUCAGAGGCUCAGAUAGAGAUGGUGGCAUCGACGGCAUUUCAGCAGAGGUUGAAUGCAGCAUUAAAAUACUCGAUGUCAAUGAUAACAUCCCCUACUUGGAACAGUCUACAUAUACCAUAAAUAUUGAAGAAAAUGCCCUCUAUUCAGAGCUGCUCCUGAUGAGGGUGAUCGACAUGGACGAGGAGUACUCAGCAAACUGGAUAGGGGACAUAUUCUUUAUCUCUGGAAAUGAGGGGGGUUGGUUUGCCAUAGAAAUGAAUGAAAGAACAAAUACAGGAAUUUUAAAGGUUAUCAAGCCCCUAGAUUAUGAAGCGAUGCAGAGCCUGCAACUAAGUCUUGGUGUUAGAAACAAAGCCGAAUUCCAUCAAUCGAUUAUGUCUCAAUAUAAGCUCACCGCCACUGCUGUCACAGUAACAGUGGUAAAUGUGAUCGAGGGCGCAGUGUUCCGUCCGGGUACAAAGACGUAUGUCGUAACUGGCAAUAUGGGGAAAAACUAUCAAGUGGGGGACUUCAUAGCUACUGACUUGGACACGAAUCAACCGUCUUCAACUGUCAGAUAUGUAAUGGGAACAAAUCCAGGCAACCUACUAGCUGUUGGUUCAAGUACAGGCAUACUUACUUUGACCAAUAGAGUGACCUGGGAAAUAUACCAAAUGCUUGGAGGAAAAUACCAAGGAACAAUUCUGUCUAUAGAUGAUGCUAUGCAAAGAACAUGCACUGGUACAAUUGUUAUUGAUAUUGACGGUUCUACUCUCUCGCGAGAAGAUACUAGCACCAAUACCAAUACUGGCACAAGUACGGAGACAGGUACUGGCACAGGUACUGGCACAGGUACUGGUACUGGGGAAUAUACUCCAUCUGAUUAUACCGACAUAUAUGACCCUGGCUCUGUAAGCAAGAACCCAACAGAUGUAGACGGUGGCAUCCUUCGAAACCCUUCCGAUAAUGUACACUUCGGCCCCGCUGGCAUUGGAUUGCUCAUCAUGGGAUUCUUGGUCUUAGGAUUGGUUCCAUUUUUGCUCAUCUGCUGUGAUUGUGGAGGCGCCCCUGGUGUUGGAGGUGGUUUUGAGCCUGUUCCCGAAUGUUCAGACGGAGCGAUUCAGUCAUGGGCAGUUGAGGGACCACAGCCUGAACUCAGGGACUUGGCCACCAUUUGCGUGCCCCAGAUGCUGCCUGAGAACGCCAACAUCAUUGAAUGCAUUGACAAUACAGGAGUUUAUACAAAUGAGUAUUGUGGCCGAGAAAUGCAAGAUCUGGGAGGAGGAGAAAGAACAACAGGAUUUGAAGUCACGAGUGGAGUUAAAACAUCUGGAAUGCCCGAGAUUUGUCAAGACUAUUCUGGAACAUUAAGAAGAAAUUCUAUGAGGGAAUGUAGAGAAGGGGGUCUGAAUAUGAAUUUCAUGGAGAGUUACUUCUGUCAGAAAGCAUAUGCUUAUGCGGAUGAAGAUGAAGGCCGCCCGUCCAACGACUGCUUGCUCAUCUAUGACAUUGAAGGUGCAGGUUCCCCUGCUGGUUCUGUGGGUUGUUGUAGCUUCAUUGGGGAAGACUUGGAUGACAACUUCUUGGACACACUGGGGCCUAAGUUUAAGAAGUUGGCAGAUAUCAGUUUGGGAAAAGAAGUCGAACCCUGUCCAGAUUUUGAUCCCUCGUGGCCUCCUGAGAGGAUGGAACCAGUUUGCCCUCCACAGGGAACAGAGCUCAUUCCUAGUGGGCAUCCACCGAUCUCACCACAUUUCGGCACGACCACAGUGAUUUCUGAGAGCACCUAUCCUUCAGGACCUGGGGUACAUCAUCCUAUGCCUAUUCCUGAUCCUCUGAGCUAUGGUAAUGUCACUGUGAAGGAGUCUUACACCACCUCUGGCACUCUGAAGCCCUCUGUCCACAUUCAUGAUAACCGACAGGCAUCCAAUGUGGUGGUGACAGAGAGGGUGGUGGGCCCAAUCUCUGGGGCUGAUUUCCAUGGGAUGUUAGAUAUGCCUGAUCUGAGAGAUGGGUCAAAUGUGAUUGUGACAGAAAGGGUAAUAGCACCAAGUUCAGGUCUACCAACCACUUUGACCAUACCUGAUCCUAGAGAGGCUUCAAAUGUGGUCGUGACGGAGAGAGUGAUCAGACCAACCUCUGGAGUGAUGGGUACUCUCGGGAUGCACCCGGAGUUAUCGAAUGCCCACAAUGUGAUUGUGACCGAGAGGGUAGUUUCUGGAGCUGGCAUAGCUGGAAUUAGUGGCACAGCUGGCAUCAGUGGAGGGGGUGGUUUAGGCAGUAGUGGCCUGGUUGGUCCCAGCCUCACUGCUGGAGGUGGGGGCCUGAGUGGAGCUGGAAUGAGUGGUGGUGGCAUUGGGCUGAGCAACCUAGGUGGAGGCGGGGGCUUGAGUGGCAGCAUGGGGGGGACAGCCACCAUUGGCCACGUGAGAAGCUCUUCUGAUCAUCAUUUUAGCCAGACCCUUGACUCCACCUCGCCUAGCACAGCUCGAAGUAGGAUCACAAAGUACAGCACAGUGCAAUAUACCAAGUAG